AUGUUUUCUGCUUCUGCUGCUUCUGCUGCUUCUGCUGCUGUUGGAGAUAUGGACCGCCUUCCUUCGACCGUGGACUUGCCUUCCUCGUCGACCCCGGUCCCGAGACCGGCGUCGAGGCAGCUCACGUACACCACGGCGGGGACAAUCUACAACCCCAAGACCACCCAGCCGCUCCAGCCUCCUGCCCGGCGUGGUCGCUCCUUCAGGUGGCCUAACGGCGGUCCUCACACCGACCUGAACCUCUUUCCAAAGGCUGCCCUGGCCGCCCUCCCCCUCAGGUACAGCAGCGCUCGGCGGUCGGUCACCCCCCUCCAGUACUCGCCCCUCCAGCAAAAUUACGACCGUGCCAUCAGUCCUAAGUUCCUCAGAGACCUGGACCAUCAGCCGUUCAGCAUGCUUGCCGCCCAGCUGACGCCCCCAGAGAUGGACGGAUGCGUCCAGAGUUGCCGUCCGGAGUCGCCCGUGACCACGCCACCUUCCUUCGAUUGGAGCGGUAACUCGCCUGCUUGCUCUGGGGGGGCCAAGGAUGAUCGCGAUGACGAUAGUGAGAGCGACGGUGACUUCUCCACGGACCCGUUGGCCGCCAUGACGGUCAAGUCGCUCCAGAACCUGGCCUCGUACCCCAACCCCAACCAGAAGAAGGCACGCAGGGUCCUACGCGGUGCGAGAUCCAACAUCCAGGUGAUGGGAGACGUACCCCGGGGACGCAGCCCGCCAAGCGUCGUCGGUCUGGCCAUGCCGACCGGCGCACCCUCCAAGCCUGAGGAUCUUGACGCCUGGGGGUUUUACCGGUCCGGUAUGCAGGGGAUGUCGUCUGCUCUGGUGCAGAACGGGGCCGCCCAUCGGAGUCUGCCCGAGUGCGUUCGUGGCCUGGGCGUCUACGGAACUCACCCGGCCUCGGCCACGGGCCACGAGGAUGUGAACCAGCCUACGUCGGCACUCACCGUAGCCUCGGACGCUCCUCGGCCGUUGACGGCGGGCCCUCCCGGCCAACGCCAGUGCCGGCCCUCGACCUUUGAGGCUACAUUCAAGGCCCUGCAGAAGUGUAUGGCCCCUCGGGACCGUUCGCACCAAUCGGUCGGCCUGCCUGGCUACUCUACGACGGCUAGCAAGGUAGCCAGCAUGAUGAAGGAAGAGGAGAUCGUCACAGGUAUUCGAAAGAUGGAAUACAACCAGCCAGCUCCGACGUUUCCGACCAACGAAUAUCUCCAGGCCGGCUACGAUGAUGAACAUCCGAGAUUCAAGCCUGGUACAGACCGUCUGACGGACGAAGAGCUUCGAAAGUGCGACGCCAAGAUAGACCGCUGCUGGUACUCUGGAUGUGUCAUCAUGAACAGGGCGGUGGCUGCGGAGAGAGCUGCAGGAAACACGAUGCUGCCGCGGCAGGAACAUAAGCUAGGUGUUAUUGGCGACGGGCGCCGUAUGAGAAGUACGAACUCGUACCGGCCCCUGAGCAUUGCAGAGGCAACGCAGAUGGAUGCUUGCGAGCAUGCCGCGCCGCUCUUGACGGCGGCACAGGUGAGCCUGAUGAGGUACCUGGAGGAGGAGGAGGAGAAGAAGAAGAAGAGGAUGGAAAGGGAGCAGGAGAAGCAGGGAGAUGGGCAGGAGGAGUAG